AUGGGAAAACCAGAUGAGAAUGCGUCCACACGUGGGACCGAUGCGUGGCUACGUCGUGGGUUGUCGGGAUCUCGAGGAAGGUGUCUAGAUGGUCGAGUGAGAGCCAGGCCUGGCUCGAGCGGCUUCCGGAGGAUGUUCCUGGUCCCCGUAAUCCUGGUGUCCCUGGUGGGAAAGACGGUCGCGGAUGCGCAAGAUACGAGAUGCGGACAUCCGGCGGUGCCUAUGAACGCCAGAGUCUCGCUGUCGGACGAGAGCUUAGCCAUCGGCGCUCUGGCUACGUACACCUGCGACGCCGGCUACGAGCUCUUCGGAUCCAGCACCCUGACGUGCAGCAGCCGAGGUCGGUGGCAGGGAGAGCUGCCGUUCUGCGGAACGAACGUGGGUUUCCGCCGACCCGCUAACCAGUCCACGACCGUUCGCGGAGGCGACGCGGCCCACGGAAACGACGGCGAUUUUGGGACCGAACACGAUGGCAAAAGGUGCACGGAGACCCAAAGCGAACCUAGCCCUUGGUGGAGGGUGGACCUUCUCAAGCCCUACUCCGUCAAAGUCGUUCGAGUCACCACGAGAGGAUGCUGCGGGCACCAGCCUCUUCAGGACAUCGAAAUCAGGGUCGGCAACAGCAGUGCGGAGCUUCAGAGAAAUCCCCUGUGCGCUUGGUUUCCUGGCACCAUAGAGGAGGGCAUGACGAAGACGUUCGCAUGUGCCAGGGCACUCGUCGGCCAAUACGUGUUCCUUCAACUAGUCGGAGUCGAGGGAAGCCUCAGCCUCUGCGAGGUGGAGGUCUUUGCUACGGACGAAUUUUCCGUGGACAGGUGUGCCCAUGCAGGGACCCCAGCUGAUGCGGACAUAGCGGCGUUCAAUUCCACCUGCUACGAGUUCAUCGUGAAGAAGGGAGGAUCCUUCCAGGACGCGAGGUCCUACUGCAGGGCCAGAGGAGGCGAUCUAGUCCACGGAUUCAAAGGAGUGUCCGCGACCUUUAUCCUGAACAACCUCGAAAGAAGGAAGGACAAGCUGAAGACCCAGCUGGUUUGGAUCGGAGCCCAGAAGGAGCCCGUGAUCACUGCCAGGACCUGGCGAUGGGUCGACGGUGAAAUCGUUCAGAAGCCCUCGUGGGGAAAGGACCAGCCCAAUAAUUACAAUGGCGAGCAGAAUUGCGUGGUCCUGGACGGUGGGAGAGGCUGGCUUUGGAACGACGUCGGAUGCAACUUGGACUACCUGCACUGGAUAUGUCAAAGCAAACCCUCCGUUUGCGGCAGUCCAGAUAAAACCGAGAACACGACGGUCGUGGGAACGAAGAGGUCCGUGAGUGCCACCGUCGAAUACGUUUGUCCUUCCGGUCACAUGCUUCUCGGUUCCGGUGUCAGAACCUGCGAGCCUUCCGGCUUCUGGAGCGACUCCGCACCGGCCUGCAAAUUCGUCGACUGCGGUCCGCUUCCGGCAUUUGAAAACGGAGUCGUCAACCUUGAAGAGAAGAGGACGACUUACGGGGCAAUAGCUGAUUAUACGUGCAAGGAGAAUUACACGCUAGUUGGAGACGCGAAGCGGAAAUGUGGAGACGGCGGUAUUUGGAGCGGGCAUCAACCCCAGUGUCUCUUUGACUGGUGCCCGGAACCGCCGAGCGUGAACGGAGGGGUGGCCAGUGUGACAGGACGUCGAGUUGGCUCCACUGCCACUUACACCUGUCAAAACGGAUUCAUACUUUUCGGAGACAAUGUUUUGACCUGCGACAUUGGCGGCGAAUGGUCAGGGAAGGCACCCCAGUGUAAGUUCGUCGAUUGCGGAGCACCUGCACAGGUGGAGUUUGGCACCGUCACCUUGAUGAACGGGACCACUACCGUUGACAGCGAAGUUUUGUACACCUGCCAAGAUGACUAUUGGCUCGUUGGAGAAUCUAGGCAGAAAUGCACCAGGGAGGGCAAGUGGAGUCACGAGACACCUUCUUGCGAACUGAUCACCUGCGAAGAGCCCGAGGUUCCUUCCGGAAGUUACGUCGUGGGCUACGAUCUGAAUGUCCACAGUGUCAUCGAGUACCAUUGCGAAGCUGGAUAUCUGCUUCACGGAGAAGCGAGACAUUCCUGCGGAAAAGACGGAGAGUGGACCGGAGACGUUCCCACGUGCGAAUUCGUUGAUUGCGGAAAGGUUCUGCCAGUUCUGAACGGGGCUGUGGAGUACAUCAACGGAACCACACACCUGGGAAGUGAGAUCUCCUAUGGAUGCACGAGAAAUUACAGGCUGAACGGAGUUACAAGGAGGUACUGUCUGGAUAAUGGUCAAUGGAGCGACGCGACUCCAAAAUGCGAGGAAAUUCGCUGUCCGGAACCGAUUUUGGCGGAGCACGGGAUUCUCUCCGUCACCGGGAACGACCGAAUGUAUGGGAGAACGCUGAUUCGAACCGGCACUGCGGAAAAUUCAAAUACUGGAGCGACUUCUUACAAAAUUAGCGCACUCGCCAAGUACAGGUGCGAGAGGGGCUACAAAGUGGUCGGGGACCCAUUAUCCACGUGCGAAGAUAAUGGAAAAUGGAGCGGAGAAGUGCCCCAAUGUGUCUACGUAGACUGCGGGAAGCCCGAGCAAAUGCAACACGGUCGGUACACACUGACUUCGAAUGCAACUUAUUACGGUGCCGCUGCACUCUACGAGUGCGAUGGGAACUUUGAGCUGGAAGGCUUUGCCAGGAGACUGUGUCUGGAGAACGGAACCUGGAGUAGCGAGACUCCCGUCUGCCGAGAAAUCAGAUGCAAGGACCCCGAGAAAGUCGAGGUGCUUUCCACCCAAGUGUCGACCCACAGCAUCGGUGGAGUGGCACAUUACAGCUGUCCUCGUGGGUUCUUCAUGGAGGGCAACGAGACCAGGGUGUGCCUGCAAAAUGGAUCCUGGAGUGGGUCCAUGCCGGCCUGCUUCUCCGUGGACUGCAAGCAUCCAGGUACCAUUGAGAACGGGAGAGUUAUCGUGGUAAAUGGCACCACCAUUUUCGGGGGAGCUGCCGAAUACCACUGUCUGCCCCAAUUCGAGAGAAUAGGUCCUUUCCUCAGGAAGUGUCUGGACACCGGAGUCUGGAGCGGAGAGGAGCCUAGAUGCGAAGUUGCAACGAACGAGAUUGCAGAAGCUCAAGGUGUCGGGACGAGUGUUGGCAUCGGGGCUGGUGUCAUCCUCUUCAUUCUCCUGAUCUUAGGACUGGUGUACCUCAGGCUUCGAAAGGCAACUCCCGUAAAAAACACGGAAAAUGUCCAAGCUGCGGAGAGGAAGGAGGACCAAAACGCAGCCGUCAUGUCGUACGCCAGUCUAAAUGACGGAACCACCAACACCAUGUACGAAAACGUCCCUGAGGACGGUCUCUACGACAGUCCCUACAGUAUUUCCGGAAGCGCAUACGGAUACGGAACCAAUGGCAGGAGAGUCUACAACAGGUCGGGCCACUACGAAGCGGAGCCGGUCGCCAGAAAUGGCAUCACGAUAAACGGUGUCUCCGUGCGAUAG